AUGUCUUUCGGAACCAUCUACAGUUACCCCCACAACCCACGGGUCGCAAAGAUCCACGCCGUAGCAAACCUCAACGGCCUCAAGGUCGAAGACGCCCCCUUCGAAUUCGGCAAGACAAACAAAACCCCAGACUUCCUCGCCAAGUUCCCCCUCGGCAAGGCCCCCGCCUUCAGCAGCGCCGACGGCGUCAACCUGUUCGAGUCGAACGCGAUCGCACACUAUGUCGCCGACAGCGGACCCCUGAAGGACCAGCUCCUCGGCUCAAACGCCGCCGAGCGCGCGGCUAUCCAGCAGUGGGUGACCGCGGCCGAGACGGAGGUGAUGCCGCCCGUUGUGACAGCCUUUCUUCCGCGGUUUGGUCUUGUGCCCUUUGACCAGGGCGCUGAUGACAACGCUGUGUCGAAGAUUGAGCGGGCGGUUGAGAGCCUGGAGAGGCACAUCUCGUCUGGGAAGACGUGGUUAGCUGGGGAGAAGAUCAGUCUUGCGGAUAUCUCGGUUGCCGCGGCUCUGGUUUGGGGAUUCACCUUUGCGAUUGAUGCGGAGAUGAGGGCCAAGUAUCCUGGUGUUGUUGCUUGGUAUGGCCGUGUUGUGGGCACGCAGGGCGUCAAGGAGGCGUUUGGGGAGACUACGUUUGUUGAGAAGAGGACUGUGCCGAAAUAG